UUGUAUGUAGCGGUUGUAGUUUUGUCUUCUGGGCACGUUCAUCUUCCCUUCCCACUCUAAUCAUUUUGCAGUUUUUUCUAAAAAUCUCCUCGGAGAUUCUGCACCUUUGGUGGCGCCGCUCUUCUCCUUCACAUGGCAUCUGAGUUUGCCAACUCAGUAGACUAUGGGUUCACUCUUUCCAAGCGAAUAUACUACGGCAAAGGCUCUGCAACCAGCCCGCCGGUGGUGGCGCCGCCAGUGAUGAAUAGGGCGCAGGAGGGUUAUUUGCCGGAGGCCUUGAUGGUUUACGCUGUGGUGCCGGAGCCUGAGGUGGUGGAUAACCCUGAUGUGCCCAGCUACCAACCGUACGUGCAUGGUAAAUGUGUACCGCCGGCUUUGAUACCGUUGCAUAUGCAUGGAGUGAGUGUGGAAGCCGAUUGUUGCUUGGAUUCGGCUUAUGUUACCGUCAGAGGAACUUGGCGCGUGCACUGUGUUAUGACCAGCAGGAAAUGCGAUUGCAGGAUCGCUAUUCCACUUCCAGAGCAGGGUUCACUUCUAGGUGUUGAGGUUGACAUUGCUGGAAGAUUAUUCCAUAACAAGUUAAUCACUCAAGAAGAUGCACAAUUUCAGGACAUCGUAGCAAAAAGCAAACCCGGUGGGCUCUUUCUGAAAGGCCGAAUCUACACUUUCAAAAUUCCACAGGUUAAUGGAGGUUCCACUCUUUCAAUUAAAGUUAACUGGUCUCAGAAAUUGACAUAUGAAGAGGGCCAGUUGUGUUUAAGCGUACCAUUUACUUUUCCGGGAUAUGUAUUCCCUGUGGGGAAGAAAAUUUCCAAGAGAGAAAAGAUUCAGUUGAAUGUUAAUUCUGGCUUAAAUGCAGUAAUUCAAUGCAAAUGUACUAGCCAUCCUCUGAAGGAGGUAAGUCAUGAAGCAGGAAAAUCGAGUUUCUUAUAUGAAGCACAAGUCCCAGCAUGGUCCAGCUCUGACCUCAAAUUUUCGUACACAGUUUCUUCGGAUGAUUUAUUUGGUGGUGUUCUGUUGCAAUCUCCAUCUUUACAUGAUUUUGAUCAAAGACAAAUGUUCUGCCUCUCUCUUUUCCCUGGAAAGAGCCAGACUAGAAAGGUUUUCACUAAGGAAGUUGUGUUUUUAGUUGAUAUAAGUGGAAGUAUGCAAGGAGACCUUCUUAAGAAUGUGAAAAGCGCACUAUUGGUGUUUCUUGCUAAUCUCAGCUCAGAGGAUUCCUUCAACAUUAUUGCUUUCAAUGGGCAGAUUCGCAUAUUCUCAUCGUCAAUGGAGCUUGCUUCCAAGGGAGCUAUCCAAAAUGCUACCCAGUGGCUUAAUGAUAAUUUAAUUGCAGAUGGUGGUACAGACAUUUUGCUUCCCCUUAAACAGGCAUUGAAGUUGUUGUCUGACACAAGUGAAUCAAUUCCUCUCAUUUUUCUUAUAACCGAUGGGACUGUGGACAACGAGAGAGCAAUUUGCAAUGAAGUGAAAAGUUAUCUAGCAAGUACAAGAGCAAUUUCACCUCGCAUAUGCACUUUUGGCAUAGGUUUAUAUUGCAAUCACUACUUCCUGCAAAUGCUUGCACAAAUUGGGAGAGGUCACUAUGAUUGUGCUUAUCACCCAGAUUUUGUUGAGUAUCGAAUUCAAAGAUUAUUUACAGCUGCUUCAUCAGUCAUUUUAGCUGAUGUAACAUUGGAUACUAGCAAGCAUGCUGAUUCACUAGAGUUGCUACCAUUUCAUGUCCCAGAUCUCUCUUCUGGGAAUCUGUUGAUUUUAUCAGGCAGAUACACUGGAAAGUUUCCUGACUCUGUUAAAGUUAGUGGCAAAACAGCUGAUAUGAGCAAUUUUUCAUUAGAUUUGAAAGUACAGAAUGCGAAGGAUAUACAGCUUGAUAGACUACUUGCGAGGAGACAAAUAGAUAUGCUCACAGCUCAUGCAUGGUUGUUGGAAAGUAAAGAGCUUGAGGAUAAGGUUGCAAAAAUAAGCAUUCAAACUGGGUUUCCUUCCGAGUUUACGAGCAUGCUUUUACUUAAAAGUGGCAAGGAACCUGAACCAGUCCUUGUGCAGGAGAUACUAAACAAAAUUGACCUGCUAAAGAAGGUGGACUCCAGUAGCCAAAGCACUAUUUUCCUUGGCAGUCUAGGCGUUGGAUUUGGCAACUUGAAAGCAACAGCAGAGAAUACCCCCCCUGGCUUCGAGGAAUCAAAGUCAUCUGAAGCAGCAGAUCUGUUGAUUAAUGUUGCUUCCUCCUGUUGCAACAGGCUGAUUGAUCACUGCUGUUGCAUGUGCUUCAUCCAGACUUGUUCUUCCAUGAAUAAGCAAUGCUCAAUUGUCUUCUCACAAAUUUGUGCCGCUCUUGCUUGCUUUGAGUGCAUCAGUUGCUGUUUUGAGGUUUGCGAAUGCUUCUAAUGGAAGCAGAAAGCUAACUGUAAACAGAAUACAAAUAUACUAUUGUCAUGUGUAUAUGUAUAUUUAUGUGCAUGUUAUGUUCAAAUACAGGCUGUUGCCGUAAAAUGUCACCGCAGAAGGUCUAUUUACUCUCACUUUUCUCAAGUAACAUCUCAAAAUUUACAAUAUAACAGUUAUUUGCAGCUUUGAA